GCGUCGAUGAUUCGACGCUCAGCAAAAACAUGUAAACACUUUGAAGUUAAUUCUUGGAAUUUCCUCACACAAGGCCUUCUCAUUCUGAACAUGUUGUGUUUAGACCAGUUAAAAACCAAAGACGAUGACGAGACAGGUAAUGGGGACCUGAAUCCCUCUCCUGCAAUUAAUCUUCCUGUAAACUUAGAAACUGGUAAUACUCAUCCCUCCAGUAAUGUUGAAAACGAGCUCAGUUUGUCAGCACAAGAUGCCACAAUAGACAGCCAAAGUUCAUGUAAAUCUGAAUCUGUGGAGGGUGUUGUUCAGCCUGGCCAGGUGUGUAGUGUAACAGAGAGUGAUGAAAACUCGUUCGUACCUGGACUUGAGUCAGGUGUCGAGUCUGAGGAACCUCAUAACCCUUCACAUCACCAACACUUUACAGAAAAUACACAUAUUGAGGGGUCUCAACAUUGUGUGAAAUCAGAGGGGGGACAUAAUUGCAAUAAAUCGGACGAGAAACGUAGUUUGUCUGUAAACCAACAAAUGUCAGAGUCAUCAGGAGAUAUUUCACCUGAGCUCCAGCAAUCAAAUAAGUUGAGGGGAAGUAUCUCACCUGUUGUAAAACAACCGGAGGAGUCAGGGAAUGAUUCAUCCAUCAUUCACCCACCACAUCAUCAACAGAAUGAGAGCCCCUUGUCACAGUUUACCUGUGGAGACUUGGUGUGGGUCAAGUUGAUGAACACACCUUGGUGGCCAGCAAAGGUGGAUGGAGUGCAAGAGACAGGAAAUAAACAUUUCAUCAGAGUGGAAUUUUUCAAUGAAAAUGCCAUAGAGUUUAUUAAAGAUUCCAAGAAAAUCAAAAUGUUUGAGUGUCCAGAGAAGGAAACCUUCAUCAAAAAAGGCAUGCAAAAUAAAUCAAAAGACAGAGCAGCUUUAUUCAGUGAAGCAUAUAAAUUGGCUGUUGGUGAUAUAUCAGAUGGGGCAAAAGUAGAACAAUCGCCUUGUGAUGGAAAGGGCUCAAAUGGACUUUACAAAUCUGUAAUGGACUCUUCAGUACAAUCCUCCAGUGAUGGGAAGGGUUGCACAGAUAUCUCUGGCGAGGUGCUAAAAUCUUCACAGAACUCUUCAGUUGAUAGUAGUGGCCCAGAGAGGAGCUUGUGUGACAACCAGAGUUCUACAUCUUUAAGUGAAAAUCAGAAAUUUAAGAAAGUGUCACUGACAGCCGUCAAAAGAAAACGACAAAACAGUAACAAAGGUGCCAUCAGUAGCAAGAAAAGGAAAGUUCAGGAUACGAGUGACACAAAAGUGAACCAGUCAAAUCUUCCAGCGACAGAGGACCAGUCAAUUCAGUCGACCAAGCGAAGAGGAAGAGGACGGCCACCAUUGUGUAAAAGCAGUGGUAACGGAGUACCAAAUGUAAAAAGUGUUAAAACAAAAGACAAACAACAAAGGAUUACGAAAGCUGUGUCAAGGAAAACUCAAUUAGCCAAGGAAAGAAAUUAUUCUCGGCAAGGACAGAGAAAUGUUGGGAAAACAAAGAGCCGUAAACUUCCCAACAAUAUGUCAAGAACCAAGAAGAAGCAUCAAGAGAAAAUGGAGACCAUGAAGGAGAUUGAGGAGGAAAGGACAGAGGAACUGUACGGAGGGACGGAUACCGGAUACUCCGAGUCUAGCUCUCCCAUACCCUACAGAGACGACGUAUCCGAGUCGAGCUCUCCCAUACCCUACAGAGACGAUGUAUCCGAGUCAAGCUCUCCUAUACCCUACAGAGAGAACGUAGACUUGGGUAUGUGUCUCAGUGAACAGACUAACUGUAAUCUACAGCAGAGAUCUUGUGUCUCAGAGAAAACUCGUCUACGCAAGUCAGAGACUAUGGACUGUGACCCCAAACCACUAGUCAAGUUUAAGAGAAAGAAGUCCAGUGAAUCAAAGGCAAAGGAUCAAGACUCAUUACCGUCCUUAUGUAAUCGUAGUAUACGCAGGAAAGGACGUCCUCAAAAACCAUCGAAGAAAAUGAAAAACAAGAAGAAAAACAGGCACAAGAAAAACAGCACUCCAGAGGAGGAUGACCACAUUGAUGACAAAGAAUUAAAUGAUAAUGUUGACUCUGUGUACACCGAGGCUAGUUCUCCAAUACCAUACGGAGGUCAUGUGGAUUCUGAGGGGAUUUCAAAUCAUGGAAGAAAUGCUGUAAGUGUUCUAGAAGACUCUUUGUAUCUGCCCACCCCUACACGCUCUUUUAUCAACUCAGAAGCUGUUCAGUCAAAUUGUGAUGCUGAAACCAAUCAACUCAAUGGCUGUGCCAGGGAAGAAAUCGGCAGGGAAGGCUUUGACCCAAAUCUUGACGUGGAUGACUGCUAUGGGAGUGAUUCCGACGAUGAAGAUCUGCCUGAUGUCUUGACCCCCUCCAGACAAGCAGCUGUAAUACAGGAGAAGGACAUUGUUUGGCUGAAGUGGAAGGGCUGUCCUGUCUGGCCCGCCAUUGUCAAAAGACUGCACAGGAAAAAGAAGAGGAUUCUGAAAGUGUCCCUGUUGGUUGUUGAACCUCACAGAUACAUCCCCAAAAAGUUCACCAUGAAUUACAACCCUAGGUCAAUCCUGCCAUACAACUCCAAGGAAUCGGACAUCUUCAUGGAGCAGGGCUACAGCCUUGAGGGGGAGGGGCGCCAGAGGUUCACAAAGGCGGUGGACCUGAUCCACAGCUACAUGACGCGGAAAAUCCUGGGGACCCUCAAAAAGGAGGACGUUGAGUUCAUGGAAUGUCUGGGAGACUUUCCGGAGCUGGGUGAGAGUUCCCCUCUCUCCUCACCGGUCACUGACCAGGAGGCCCUGCCCCCCUCCCCUCUGCCGUCAGAGGCCAGCGAGGGCAGCCAGGAAGACAGUCUUGUGUGUGUGGGGGUGGAGGAACCAAAGUCAGACCCAGAGAUUGCCAAAAGGUAUGAGAAGAUUAAAGAAAGGAAUGAACCGUUAGUGGAGUUUUUGAAGACCAAUGAAGUCAAGGAUUAUCUUUUGGAUAUUCUGAGAGAAAAGAAGAAGAGUGAGAAACAUACCACUUACAAGUUUGGUCUGUCCAAGGCAAGGGACGCGCUGAAGAAUCCAGGAUUUGGACCCAUCGCUGAUGAAAGCCAACAGGAGGAUGUUUUAUUUACCAUGGUGAACUGGUACAAACAAGAGACGAAGCCGUCUCCCAAAGAACUCCCAGAUGUGAACUAUGUACUGGACGUCUGGGUCCCUGAGGGUAUUGUGUACGCCUUGAUAAAGAUGAAGAAGUACUCUCGUAAGAAGGCGUGGGAACAGUUUGAGAAGGGUGUGUUCAUGACGAAGCGCGAAAAGGCUGAGGUUCACGAGUCUCUACUUGAGAGCGCCUCGAGGAUUUCCCCGGAAGACAGGCAGAGGUAUGAGGAAAACCUCCGCCACAGAAUGGACCUCAUCUCUCACCUCAGUGGACUCCAAAAUGUCAUCUUCUGACCUCUCACCUUGGUGGAAUCCAAAAUGUCAUCUUCUGACCUCUCACCUCAGUGGACUCCAUAAUGUCAUCUUCUGACCUCUCACCUCAGUGGACUCCAAAAUGUCAUCUUCUGACCUCUCACCUUGGUGGAAUCCAAAAUGUCAUCUUCUGACCUCUCACCUCAGCAGUCUCAUUACCUCAUUAGACUUCAAAACCUUUGGAUAAAAAAAAAACCCUUAACUGGAUGGAAGUCCAAAAAAUAUAGACUAUCAACAAAGGAUGACUGUUGGAAAAUUUCUUCUCAAUCACCUCAAUCAGAUUUUUGACUAGUAUGACUUUUUGACUAGAAUUUUUAUUGUUUAUGUAUACAGCUCAGUGAUUAAACUCCUGUACUUAAUGCUUAAGCUGGUAACUAGAACGAGUGUUCAUGUACUUAAAAUAAUCGAUUUUUUGCCACUUAUGUAAAUCUGGUUGAAUCAUUGAGUCAAAUUGUUUUACUUAGAAUUUCAGUUUCAGACCUUAUAAGCAUUUGAUCAAUGUGUAAUUAUAUUUAAUUGGUGAAAUGAGGAAACUUUUCCCCUUCAUCAUUAUUUUCAGUGAGAUUCGCCUGUAGUCUUUGUUUGUCCAUUGUUAUGUUUUAAGGAGUCACUAAUCUUGGAUGUUAAAAUCUCUGGCUUGUUUGAAUAUUCCUGCCGUCAUUAUGACCAUUUUCCCAUCAUUGUGUCUUAUGUUUCCGAAAGAAUGAUGUUAAACAUACUACGGUAGUCUACGAUAAGAUAUAUUGGUUGUACAUACUGAAUCAAUACCGGUAGUUCUUUCAAAGAAGUUAAGACACCAUAUUCAACUUUAAGCGAGAUCUUUCGAUUUAUAUUCUUGUAAAGAAGCCAUGAUAAAUGUACUUGCUUUGCUCAAUUACUUGGCAGAUGAAAUGUACCCAGUUCCUUUUAAAAAAGUGUAAAAGAGUGUAUUUACAUAUUAAUGUUGUGGUGUGUCUGUGAUAAUUUAAGAGUGCGAGAAGCUUAAGGCAUUAAACAGAUAUAUACAGUGUGUUUAUUAUAGGACACAAGUCAGAAAGGAGUUGUUUUGUAAUGAACUCUAGGGUGAAUUAAGCAUUAUAUCCACAUUUAUUCAAAGAAUAGAAGUGCAAAAAAAACAAUUUGCCACAAAUUAUGUAAACUUAAUUUGUAAUAUGUACAAAUUUGUAAUAUAUUCCUAAAUGAUGAUUUCCCAAUUGUGAUUUUACAUUCUCAAAUUUUAACCUGUGUUUUUUUUUUCAUAUUUUAUAAAUCCGCAAUAAAGGAAAUAAACAA